CAUUAAGCCUCACUUUUGAAUUGAAAUUUAUUUAAUCUCAUUCUCAGAUAACAUUUUCGUAUAAAAGUUACGUAACCAUUUGCGUCUCUUUACAAAAAAUACAACGAGCAAGCACAUAAGAAAACAUAUAUCUCAAAUCGUUGACGUAGCGAAACAUAUUUGAAAUCCCGCCAAAAUCCCUCAGAUUAAUUUAGCGCGAAAUUUGAAUUUCAGCAUCCGUUUCCGCAAGAUAUUUACAACCCUCACUCGAAUCACUAACCGUAUAACAAACACACAGUAUUCCUUUAAGCUCAUGGACUCCUCUUUUUCUCAAAAUUCAAAACUGUACGAGAUCUUCCGCAAGCGAUAUGCCUGCAAAAUCGAUCAUGAAGGUUGCUAAAUCACAGACUGAAACCAGGAGCUCCAAGCUCUCUUUGAACAAGAUGCCUGCUAAGGUUGGCAAACCUGCUGCUAAGGAUCCAAAGAAACCAAAGAGGCCAGGAGGGCUUCCGCCAGACUUAAUUACAAGAAGGAACAUCCUAAUAAAAAAAAUUGUGGCUGCUGUUGGGAAAGCUGGUGGAUCAAAGUGGAAAUCCUUGUCUGGCUCUGAGAAGGCUCCCUACGUGGCUAAAGCUGACAAGCGCAAGGUUGAAUACAAAGACGAACAUGGAGGCAAACAACAAGGAAUUGAUAUGUUUUGGUUUUGAGUAGAAACAUAACUAAAUUUUAAAUGGGGAGGUGAUUAUUCAACAAUGGUAGUGGUUAUGUGUUGGCAGGAGCGGACCCAUAAAUUUAUAUAACAUGGGGCACAAAAUGUUAUAAACAUUUAGUAUAUGGAUGUUUAAAUACAAAGCAUGUGGCACAUACUGUAAAAACACGUUAAACUAAAGGUACUAUAAUAAAUUUUGUACCAAAGUUUUUAUAAAAAAAUAAUUAGUAUGAGGCCCAUGCCACACCCUUUCCUUGGCUGGGUCUGCCUCUGUGUGUUGGUGUUUUCAGGAGGAAGGUACAAAAGAGAACGAGGAGUCCGUUAAGCCAGUGUGUGAGGAGAAUAAUGUGGAUGAUCCAGAAGCUGAGUGAUGGGUGCGAAGAAGUUAGUGGCUGAUUAUUUAUGGUGUGUAAUAAGUAAGAAGCAAAGUUAUAUUUUAUGAAUAUAUAUAUA